ACAGUUGCCCCACAUGCAGGCAACUCACAUGGCGCAAUGGGGCCAUGUUUCUUCUCCCAGCUGGGCACAGCAGGUGAUCCUGAGGAACCCCAGACACCACAGAGUGCAGAUGGUGUCUUCUUCCUGGAAGAGGAAACGUUGCAGCUCAGAGCUGGACAAAGCAUCAGCCUUUCUCCCCAGCCUUAUUUCUAGCGACUACCUCGGGACCAGCUUUCAGGCGGUCCACGGAGUGCUGCUCUUUGCGGAUAUUUCAGAUUUCACCUCUUUGACAGAGGACUGUGUCUGGAAGGAUGGUUCACAGAGAGGCACUGAUGAGUUGGCAGAAGACCUCAAUCACUACCUGUGUGACAUUUUGGAGGACAUGCUGACUCUUGGAGGUGACAUCUUGAAGUUUGCUGGGGAUGCUGUGCUGCUGCUGUGGAGAGCAAGACCCAGUGAGAUGGCCAAGACCAUCAGCCUUGUGGUGCACUGUAGCCGGCAGAUCCAGAAGAAGUACUGGAGGCAUGACAUGAUCGUGGGUCAGAAAUUCCGACUAAAGAUAGGGAUCUCUGCAGGGAAUAUGCACCAUCUGAAGUUUGGAGACGAGAGGCAGCAGUACUUCUGUGUCAUUGGCAAGGCCUUGGAGGAUGUCUGUGAAGUGGGAAAGCUUGCAAAAGCAGGUGAAAUUCUCCUCUCACCUUCCUGCUGGGAGCUAUGUGAGAAGCACAGGCUCAGGACCAGCCAUAUUGCUGGCAAAACAGCUGUGAAGGUUACAGGCAUGAAGCAGAUGUCUUGGUCGGAAUGCCAAGAUGUUUUAGACAAGCUUCCAGAGAAGGAGAAGUGCUUCUUCACGGAAAACGAAUGUGCUGUCAGGCCCACUCUUUUCUUGAACCCUGAUACUGAUGUGGGAGAAAUACUUAGUUACAUACCAAAAGGUGUUCUCAGGAAGCUUGAAGACAGAGUGCCGCGGGACUUCCUCUGUGAGCUACGGCCAGUCACCAUCCUCUUCCUCCACCUGAAUUUUGAAACAAAGGACAUAGUAUCUUUUCGCAGUGUCCUCAAUGAAGUCAGCAGCCUGGUGCAGGAAAUCAUCUGUCCUCACAAGGGUGAAGUGAACAAAGUCUUCCUGUUUGACAAAGGCUGCACAUUCCUCUGUGUGUUUGGACUCCCUGGAGUAAAGCUGCCCCAUGAGAGCAUUCAUGCCUUGCAGAGUGCUUUUCAGAUCUUCAAGUCGUGCUCCAAGAUCAUUGCAAAAACAGGGACAGUGUCUGUGUCUGUUACCAGUGGGAUGGCGUUCUGUGGCGUCAUUGGCCACCCUCUGAGGCACGACUACACAGUCAUUGGCCAGAAGGUGAACUUGGCAGCCCGGAUGAUGGUGAGCUACUCUGGGCUGGUGACCUGUGAUACCUCAACCUAUGCCAGCUCUGGGCUGCCCUCUUGCUACUUCAAGGAGCUGCCGGAGAGAAAGAUAAAAGGCUUCAAACAUCCUGUCACUGUCUAUCAAUAUGUGGGGAUCACCAGCAAGAGCAUAUUUGGCAUGGCUCUUGCCAUGAAGAUGCCAGAUAACACCUCCUUGCUUGGUCGGAAGAAGGAGAUUGACCUCUUUGUCAGCUGCUUGGAAGCCUCUAACCGUUUUGGACAAAGACACAUACUGGCAUUUGAGGGCCCAAGGGGCUCUGGGAAGAGCCGAUUACUUAAUCACCUGGCCCAGUUAGGCCAGUCUGCUGGCUGCAGGGUAUUUGGCAUGGAACUGCUAGAGUUCAACGUGAGGCAGUCCUUCUCUGCGAUGCGUAUUCUGAUGGCCAGGGUGAUGGGCCUCCAUGAGUGUGAAUCAUGCAGUGCCAGGGAGCAUGUGCUACGGACAAAUCUCAACGGGAUAAUUGAAGAGAGCAACUACUGCCUCCUCAAUGACAUUUUCCUUGUCAAGUUUCCUGUUUCAGACAAGGUUCGCCAAAUGCAUGAAAUGCAAAGGAAAGAGGAAUUACAUUCAACCUGGGCAAAAGUGCUAGAGAAGACCAUUGAUAGAAAUGCCAUCUUUCUCAUCGACAAUGCCCAUUUCAUUGACCCUGCUUCCUGGAGUAUCAUGGCACCUCUGCUCUGGAACAUCUCUGUCUUCAUGGUCAUGAGCUUAUGUCCCGGCUUUGCAAGGACUGAGAGCUUUCACAAAGCCACAGCAAACAACCUGAUGUCCCAUAAAAUCAUCUACUUUCAACUAGAGAAGCUGCAACCUUCAGCUGUGGUGCAGAAGCUCUGCCAGGACCUUGGAGUGGUCAGCAUCCCUAGGGCUUUAGUGAGGUUCCUGGUCCAAAGAAGCUUGGGGAUCCCAUAUUACUGUGAGGAGCUGGUGCACUUCCUUCGUUGCAAUGACAUGCUCUUGUUCUGCACCAGGAAGUGGGGUGAAAAAGCAGACGACAACUGGGAGAACCUGAACACUUUUGCAGUCCUGGAGUCAUCCCUCACAACAAGCUCAAGGUCCAGCGCAGGGGCUGCGGCCAUGAUCUGCAUUGUAAGGCCAGGCGUGAACCUGGACAGCACCGUGCUGCCCAGUAACUUGAAAGAGAUUGUGCUGGCUGAGCUGGACGAGAUCAAGCCAUUGGAGCAGACUGUUUUGAAGUUUGCAGCCACCAUCGGGCCGGUGUUCACUACCCAGCUGCUGUCAUACAUUCUUCCAAUUAGCAUCAGGCACAAGAUGACUACCUUGUUGGACAGUCUAGUGAGUGACAACAUCCUCAAGUGGAUGGAGAGUACUGAGGAGCCGGAAGACGUCCAAGAUCCUAGCAAGGAGCCAGCCACCCCUCUGCAGGCAGAGAUUGGUGUGGAGACCUCCCCCCCAAGCAAGCAGAGUGUGGGGUGUCCAUUUGGUGUGCUGAUGUUCCAUAAGCCGCUGCUGCGGGAAGCUGCCUAUGAGCUGUGGAUCCAGAAACAGCGGAUGACCCUGCACCGCAAGUGUGCUGCCUUCCUGGAGCGGUAUGCACACAAAUGCCAGAGCUGCGGUCAAGGGGACUUUAUUGCCUUCCACCGCUUCGCUCUCUCCAGCACCCAGGAUAAAGGGAACUGUAAGGACCUUGAUGAUGACUCACACACCUGGAAGGCCUUGGUGCUGGCUGGAAAACAGCUGAAGAAAGAGAGGGUCUACAUCUCCGCAGGUAUGCUGUGCACCAUGCUCUGUAAUCUGGGCCCUCCGGGAGCCCAGGGAUUGGUGCUGAGGGUCGG